GGAUCGGCUCUCCCUGUGCAGUGCGCGCUCCCGAUGCAGGGGUAACAAACUCUGUUGGGGAUACGUACCUUGUCACGAACACUCUGUGAAAUCUUCUUCGGAUCAGUCAUGUACCUGUACCUUCUGGGCCUGGUGGUUCUCUACUACCUGUACCGCUGGAUCAGAGAGCUCCCCAGGGUCUCUGACAAAAACAGCAAGUAUGUGUACAUCACAGGCUGCGACAGUGGCUUUGGGAAUCUUCUGGCCCGGCAUCUUGACAAGCAGGGCUUUCGAGUGAUUGCCUCUUGUUUCACUGAGAAAGGAGAAGAGGAUCUAAAGAAGUCCUGCUCCAGCAACCUGAUCACAACUCAUCUGGAUGUUAGUUCUCAGGAAAGCAUUGACAAAGUUGCGGCGAUGAUCAAGGAUAUGGUUGGGGCACGUGGCCUGUGGGCUGUAGUGAACAAUGCCGGCAUCUCCAUUCCCAGUGCCCCAUGUGACUGGCUGACCCUCAAUGACUACAAACCCAUGCUGGAUGUGAACCUGAAUGGGGUGAUUGGUGUGACCCUAAGCGUCCUACCGCUCAUAAAAAAGGCAAGGGGAAGGGUGGUGAACGUUGCCAGUGUGUUUGGAAGGAUCAGUCCUGUUGGGGGCCCAUAUACUGUCUCAAAGUACGGUGUUGAAGCAUUCAACGACAGCCUCAGGUUAAAUAUGGCACCUUUUGGUGUGAAAGUCCUCUGCAUUGAGCCAGGCUUCUUCAAGACAAAUGUGACCAACAGUGCUAUCCUGAGCAAAAACAUUAAAAUGAUCUGGGAUAAACUUCCACAGGAAGUCCGAGAUGAUUAUGGAACGGCAUACCUACAGAAAGCAUUAACAACCUUAACUGACAAAGUUGCCAAAAUGAGUGAUGCAGACUUGAUGAAAGUGGUCAGCUGCAUGGAACAUGCCGUGGCUGCUGUCCAGCCUCGCACUCGCUACUCCCCGGGCUGGGACGCCAAGUUCUUCUGGCUGCCACUAUCCUACAUGCCAACCUGCGUCAGUGAUUACAUCCUGAAUCUGGAAGCCAUUCCCAUCGCCAAGCAGAUAGAAUAACUUUGAUGCAGUGCUAAUCUUACCUUGGAGGGAGUCACUGACCUGGUGGCCACGAGGUUGUAAGGUUCAUUCUGUUCAUUUUGCUUCAUGACUCCUAUCUAGACGAGGAGUCAAACGGUUUAAAUUCAUAGUAUUUUUUUGUCUCCAGUGGCACUAACAAUCUUUCCUAUAUGAAACCUUAAGACAUUAAUAAGCCUUUAUAUUCUGUCAUUGCUCCUGUAGGCAGUAAUCCCAUUAGUGCUUUCUAAUAAAACCAG